UUUACCCUGAGCUAGCAAGUUUGAUAUGACCUAGAAUCGCCGACCAUCACUGUCGGCGUUGUUUACAUACCGUUAAAGUGCGUCCAAGCGAUGAAAAAUGUCGGGCAAGGAAGAGAAAGAAUUUCAAAAGAGUCCUGCGAUAGUUCGGAUAACUGAAGAUGAAAUCAAAACAAUUUCUGAUGAUCUCAGACUGAAGCUCACAACAGAGGAAACCAGCGCCUUAUAUGAUUUCUGUGGAGAUGUUUGCAAGGAUUAUCAGAGGAUUUAUGAACUUGUCUCCCCGACCCCAACCGUCAAAUACCCAAGGACGCCUGGGUACAGGGAAACCAAAGACGAUUCAUGGUAUUACCGCUGCGACAUCAAAGGGGCCGAAAAGGGACUUUUAGCGGGAAAAACUGUAGCAAUCAAAGACAAUGUGUGCGUGGCGGGAGUUCCCAUGAUGAACGGAAGUAAAAUACUGGAGGGGUUCGUGCCCGACAGAGAUGCCACGAUUGUGACACGGAUAUUGGAUGCAGGUGGUAGAAUUCUGGGUAAAGCCGUUUGUGAAGACCUGUGUUUCUCUGGAAACAGUGUUACAUCAGUAACUGGACCAGUCAAAAACCCGUUCGAUCCAACGAGGUGCGCGGGCGGAUCAAGUUCUGGGUCUGCUUCCUUGGUUGCAAGAAAGGAAGUCGACGUGGCGAUCGGAGGGGACCAAGGCGGAUCUAUUCGUAUUCCAGCAGGGUGGUGUGGAAUUAUAGGCCUCAAACCCACCUAUGGGCUAGUACCAUACACCGGGAUAAUGCCCAUAGAAAUCACCAUAGACCACACGGGACCAAUGGCCAGGACAGUGGAAGACUGUGCUGCACUAUUAGAGGUGAUUGUUGGUUAUGAUGAUGGUAAUGAUCCGCGCCAGUUUCCUGCAAUGCCGACACCUCCCUAUUCUAAACUGUUUGGCGAUGGAAUAAAAGGGAAGAAGAUAGCCAUUUUGAAAGAGGGUUUUGAUGAGGUAGAGGAAGAUGUGGCGAAGAUUGUAAAGGAAGCAGCUUAUAGACUGAAGGAGGCGGGAGCUGACGUCACAGAAGUUUCCCUCCCAAUUCACAAUGAUGGUAAAGCAAUCUGGACACCAAUUGCUUUUGAGGGGACAUAUAACACAAUGGUGAAAGGAAACGGUCACGGAUACAGUUGGAAAGGGGCCUAUGACCUCUCACUACAGGAAGCCCUGGCCGGGGCUUAUAAUCUCCGCCCAUUUGACUGCCCCCUACCGGUCAAAGCAGUCAUGCUGUUUUCCGAGUAUAUGCAGAGAAAUUAUCAGAACAAAUUUUAUGCCAAGGCACAGAAUUUGGUCCAACUUUUGACAAGGGAAUACAACAGAGUUCUUAAGGAUUAUGACGUCAUGAUAAUGCCCACACUUCCGGGGAAGCCGUUUAAACUCCCUACGACAAGUAACUCAGUUCAAGAAACGUUGAAAUUAUUGUUAGGAAUGGUGAGAAACACAGCCCCAUUUAACUCAACUGGACACCCUGCCCUUACUAUUAACGCUGGAUUUAGUGAAGGGUUGCCCUGUGCAAUGUCGAUUGUGGGGAAAAUGUUCGAUGAAGUAACGAUUUUACAGGUCGCCAGAGCGUACGAGAAAAUUCGGGACGGGUCGUGACUUUGAAUUUUGAAAGAUGCACAGAUUUACAUUAUAGAUAUUCAAUAUUUGUCAUACAUUGUAGCCUUGCCUUUGGAACCUUCUACAUUAAAUGUAUUUGUUAUUUGUUUUGUACGUAGUUUUUAAACUUUUUUUAAGACUUAGUCUGCGUAUUUUAUUGCUUUUUAGGCUAUACACCGUGAUAUUUAUAAACAGACUGAACAAAAUGUAUAUGAGAUGUUACAAUGCAUAAUGUUCAAAAUCAAGAAAAUGUUUUUAAGACAUGUAAGAUAUGAUUAAAACUUUAAUAUGUUAUAUAUUACAUUAAACAUGCUAAAUGAUUAUUUAAAGAGUUAAAAUAUUCUAUGAU